GUUUCCUGGUCUCUCUAUCAUGACCUGGGACCGAUGAUCUAUUACUUUCCGCUGCAAACACUGGCGCUCACCGGACUUGAAGGCCUCAGUCUUGCGUUACUUUCUCCAAUACUCCUCAUAGCCACUCCUUUCUGGAAAUUGGCCAACAAGAAGUGGAUGCUGACCCUGUUGCGGAUAAUUACUGUUGGCAGCGUAGCCUCCUUCCGGGCUCCCAAUGCCAGGCUUCGGCUGGUGGUCCUUGCACUUGGUGUGUCUUCCUCGCUGGUCGUGCAGUCUGUGACUUGGUGGUCAGGACAUGGCUUGCAAAGGUACAUCAGAGUCUGGGGAUUUGUUUUGGGACAGAUCCUUCUUGUUGUGCUUCGUAUAUGGUUCACCUCUCUAAACCCCAUCUGGAGCUCCCAGGUGUCCAACAGCGUGAUAUUGACAUUGAGUGCCAUGGCCACACUCGACCGCAUUGGCACAGAUGGUGACUGCGGUAAGACCGAGGAAAAGAAGUCUGACGAGAAGGCCCCGGGGGUGGCCUCCAGACCUCACUGGCUGCUGGCGGGGGCUGCCUUUGGAAGCCUCAUGUUCCUCACCCAUUGGGUCUUUGGAGAGGUCUCUCUUGUUUUUAGAUGGGCAGUGAGUGGACAUCCCCAUCCAGGACCUGAUCCGAACCCAUGCGGAGGUGCGGUUCUGCUGGGCUUGGCAGGUGGCCUGAUGCUUCCAGCUUGUCCAUGGUUCCCUGAGACAAGUUUGACCUGGUGGACUGCAGGAGUGGCCUCUGCCGCGGGCCUCCUCUACCUGCGCACGUGGGCUGCUGCUGCAUGUGGCUGCCUGCUGGCCGUCUUCACCGCGUCCAUGUGGCCUCAAGUGCUUGGGCACCUGAUUAGCUCAGGGACAUGCCCUGGGAAAGCCAUGAGCGUUGCCAUGAUGUUUUAUCUUUUAGCGAUCUUUUUCUGUGCGUGGUGCACGGCCUUUAAGUUUGUUCCAGGAGGUGUCUAUGCUCGAGAAAGAUCUGAUGUGCUUUUGGGGACAAUAAUGGUAAUUAUUGGGCUAAAUAUGCUUUUUGGUCCUAAGAAAAACCUUGAUGCUCUUCUUCAAACAAAAAACAGUCCUAAGGUGCUUUUCAGGAAGAGUGAAAAAUACGUGAAACUUUUUUUGUGGCUGCUUGUUGGUGUGGGAUUGUUGGGAUUAGGACUGCGACAUAAAGCCUAUGAGAAGAAACUGGGCAAAGGGGCACCCGCCAGAGAAGUCUCUGCUGCCAUCUGGCCCUUCAGGUUCGGCUACGACAAUGAAGGAUGGUCUAACUUGGAGAGAUCAGCUCGCCUGCUCCGUCAAACAGGUGCAGAUUUCAUAACAAUCCUGGAGAGUGAUGCUUCCAAGCCCUACAUGGGGAACAACGACUUGACCAUGUGGCUUGGGGAGAGGUUGGGUUUCUACACAGACUUUGGUCCAAGUACGAGGGACCACACUUGGGGGAUUAUGGCUUUGUCCAGAUACCCGAUCAUGAAGUCGGAGCACCACCUCCUCCCGUCACCAGAGGGAGAGAUCGCACCAGCCAUCACUCUGACCGUGAACGUCUCGGGCAAGCUGGUGGACUUCGUGGUGACACACUUUGGGAAUUAUGAAGAUGAUCUUGACAGAAAACUUCAGGCUCUUGCUGUUUCGAAACUACUGAGAAACAGCUCUGAUCGGGUGAUAUUUCUGGGAUAUAUCACUUCAGAACCUGGUUCCCGAGAUUAUCUACAGCUCACUGAACAUGGCAAUGUGAAGGAACCUGAAAAAGGGACCCAAUCAUGGGUCUAUACAAGUGUUUUGAGUGUGGGCGCCUACCGGCUGGUACUGCUAUCUGAGCACCAUAAGUUGUACGGUGCUGAUCCGGUCCUUGACAAAGGCUACAAGUUUGCUAACAAUGCAAGACCCAAAGAUGAGGACUUCAUCCUCCAGAUGGGGCCACGGGACGUCUCCCACGACCUCUGGUUGACGGCCGCCAUGACCAGUGACUACCUGAAGGGCACAGAGAACAGUCAGAAGGGCGUCCCCAAGAUGGCGCUGCCACCCAAGACAACAAAGGCCCUAAGCUCCAGCUUCUCCCCAUACAGUUUCCCGCACGCGCGAAGUUUAAACCUGUGCAGUGGACACCCAAGCUACAAACCAACUGGAUUGAUCUUCCUUCUCCUAAACUCUCAGCAAUGUGCCAGGAUAAAGGGUGGGAACUGGGAAGGAAAGAGACAUGAAGGUUUCUGUGAUUCAAAAGCUGCAAACUUCCGUCUGAUCCCAGCCGAAGGGGUCAGCGGGCCAGACCCAGAGAGAAGGGAGGGUACAAAACAAACGGAAAGGGCUCCAGCCCUUUUGCUUUCAGUUUUAUCUGCUCACAGCGAUAACGUUCUGGAAGGGGUCAUGAGCGGUUCACCCUCGACUCGUGCCAAUAGCAGGACGGCAACUCAGACCUCUGCCUUGGAAGUGUAA